AUGGAAAACAAAUGGCCCGCCAAACAAAUCAGCGACUGGGUUGUUCAGGGCGCGUUGGGCAAGGAGGCUGUCUGGGAACGGGUGGACAAGGCGGUGGAAGGCAGCUACAACUUUCCAUUCGGCGGUGAACCAAAGCCGAUUCUGGCGAGCCUCUUCCAUUCCCUCUCCACAUCGGAGGGUCUUUUGACCGAGGCUACAUUUAUCGGCCUUCUCCAGACCAAAGUAGAUCUUCCACGGUCUCCGGACGGCGUCAUCGUUGGCAAGAUCCUGUUCUCGAGUCUUGCAUACCUCAGUACGGUGCCAUUCCCCUCCUCCACCACCACUGCCCCCCCGCGCGGCCGUCUCUCCCUCGCGCAGCUCGCUCGGGCCUUGGUGUGGAUCGUCCCAGACAACUAUGGAUACAUCGUAGAGGAAGGCAACUUCUCGCGGCAGCGGAGCAAGGCCGACCACCGCAGGCUAAUCUUCCAAAGCCUGGCCUCCCGUCUGGACCGCGAACCUCACUACGACGCCGAAAAUGCCCGUCGGCUGGCGCUGCACAACGCGUUCGAGGUAGAAUAUGAAGCCCGCCGCGAAUACUGCGCCCUCAACCACGACGGCGACGGCGACGAGAUCUACCACGACCUGCUCGACGUGCUCUACGGCACGCAGAUCAAACAUGACCCCCGCUAUGCCCCGGUCCAUCGAGACGACUUCCGACCCGUGGCAAAGCAGAUCGCGGCAGAGAAUGACCUCGACCGACUGUACGCCCUCGGCAUCCCGGUCGACCGCUUCGUGGCCCUCGUCAAGCUUCUGCUGGACUUCCAAUUCACGCAGUCGGACGAGAACGACGACGAGAACCGCGACUUGGGUCCAUCCCGAUUCGAUGCCGCCGCGCGCUCCGUCUGCGCCGCUUUUCAUCAUCAAAAUGCCGUGCAAGGAGAUGACGGUGCGACAUCCGCCGUUAUUACCUGGCCCAUGUUCGACCAUGGGCUGAAAAACGUUGCGCCCUACCUGUUCGACCCGCUGUACCACAUCAUCUCCACCGUGUUCAUGGGCAAGCGCGGCCCCGGCAUCUCGUACCUCCUCGACGCACCGAGCCCGCUACCCAGCGGCACGCCACUCACCAUGGUGCUCCUGAGCCAGCUGACUACAUUUCUUGGCGGGUCCGCUGACUUUGCCUCGUUCCGCCGGACCUUGCACUACUCGGCCUCUGAUGACCUCCCGAAGACGGCCAGCGAGCUCAUCAAGGCGAUGGAAGCAAUUUCCGAGGAGGCUGUGAUGAUGCUCUCAGCACGAUCCGAGGGAAGUGGAGAGACGUACGUUUUCGGCGUGUUUAGUUACAAGCCCCAGCAGGAUGUUGGCAGCAUCCAGACCAAUGUCAUCCCAUCGUACGUGGGCCAGGAGCGAUGCGCCAUCUUUCAGCUCGCUCCGGUUCAAGACAUCUUUCGAGGCGUUGUUGGCAAGCCGGGCUGGACGGUGACGGGCAGUGAUACUGUGGUGUUUGGACAGCCUGGCGGUGGCGGUGUGGUAUUGAUGCUGGAGGAUGGGUUGCGCUCUGUUGACAUCGCACACCAGGUUCCAAUUACUGAGGGUGAUGGUAAUAGCGGUGGUUACGUCUACGAGCCAAAUGUGUGGCGAGGGAACUGGUCAACUUCUCUUCACAAUUCCGACAUUGAGAUUUGGACUGACCAGGAUAACUGA